CCCCGCCUGCACCCGCGCCCGCCGGGCAUGCCCCGGGCCCGGGACUGAGGGGCCGCGGCGUCUGCGCUCCGGGUGCCGCUCGGCCCCAGCCCGGCGCUGCUCCCGGAGUCUCGAGGGCUUCCCGGCGGCGGCGCGGCGCGGGGACUUUUCGCCGGUCCCCUGCCUCUUCCGAGCGCGUCUAUGAGCGCAGCGUUCCCGCCGUCGCUGAUGAUGAUGCAGCGCCCGCUGGGGAGCAGUACCGCCUUCAGCAUAGACUCGCUGAUCGGCAGCCCGCCGCAGCCCAGCCCCGGCCAUUUCGUCUACACCGGCUACCCCAUGUUCAUGCCCUACCGGCCGGUGGUGCUGCCGCCACCGCCGCCGCCGCCGCCCGCGCUGCCCCAGGCCGCGCUGCAGCCCGCGCUGCCGCCCGCGCACCCUCACCACCAGAUCCCCAGCCUGCCCACCGGCUUCUGCUCCAGCCUGGCGCAGGGCAUGGCGCUCACCUCGACGCUCAUGGCCACGCUGCCCGGCGGCUUCUCCGCGUCGCCCCAGCACCAAGAGGCGGCGGCCGCCCGCAAGUUCGCGCCGCAGCCGCUGCCCGGCGCCGGCAACUUCGACAAAGCCGAGGCGCUCCAAGCGGACGCGGAGGACGGCAAAGCCUUCCUGGCCAAGGAGAGCUCGCUGCUCGCCUUCUCUGCGGCCGAGGCGGUGCAGGCGUCGCUCGUCGGGGCUGUCCGAGGGCAAGGGAAAGACGAGUCAAAGGUGGAAGAUGACCCGAGGGGUAAGGAGGAGAGCUUCUCUCUAGAGAGCGAUGUGGACUACAGCUCGGAUGACAAUUUGACUGGCCAGGCUGCUCCCAAGGAGGAAGACCCCGGCCACGUCCUGGAGGAAACCCCGCAGAACGGCAGCACGGCGGGCAGCACCACGUCCACCGGCAAGAACCGGCGGCGGCGGACUGCCUUCACCAGCGAGCAGCUGCUGGAGCUGGAGAAAGAGUUCCACUGCAAAAAAUACCUCUCGCUGACCGAGCGCUCGCAGAUCGCCCACGCCCUCAAACUCAGCGAGGUGCAGGUGAAAAUCUGGUUCCAGAACCGCCGGGCCAAGUGGAAACGGGUCAAGGCCGGUAACGCCAAUUCCAAGACAGGGGAGCCUUCGAGGAACCCCAAGAUCGUCGUCCCCAUCCCAGUCCACGUCAGCAGGUUCGCUAUUAGAAGUCAGCAUCAGCAGCUGGAACAGGCCCGACCCUGAGGGCCCAGCCAGGGCGGGCACCCACCGUGGAGAAGCCCCAGCUCUUGACGGUUGAAAGCAAAACUUAUAGGCACCUCCCAGGCUGGGCAUCCUGAGCAAAUCGAGAACAUACUAGACAGGCUUACAGGACUGCUUUGGAAGCGGCUGCAGCCACACCAGAAGAUACACUAAAUAUUUAUUAUACCUCCUUGCUUUGUGCAUAGAUAUCUAUAUAGACGGGAUCUCAACGGCAGUAUUUUGAAAGUUAUGGGACACAACCUCCCAGUCUGUUCUCCACUCACCCCAGAAGAACACAAAACCUCUGCUGUGCCGCCACCUUUCCGUGCUUUUCCAAAGGUAACUGGGAGACACAAGGACAAACACUGGGGUUUAAACUUAUUUUUGUUUCUCUUCUGCCUUUCUGAGUUGGCUGCAAAGCAGAUGGUGUUGGGCAGCCCAGGAAUCUGCUUUGCUGUUUGCUUUUCCCUGGCUUUCUUUCCUGGGCUUGCAUAUCCUACCAUGUCUGAAGCACGUCUCCAUUGUGUUUAAUUUAUUUCAAUGUAGCUUAUUUUCAUAUAAGUUAUAACAUUUAAACAAUUGCAGUCUUGUGAAUAAUAAAAAAAAGAGCAAGGGAAAACAAAAGACCAA